AUGUCCAACCCACUCUCACACGCCAAGAUUGUCCUCCGCCGCUCCAGUGAGCGCGGAUAUGCGGAGCAUGGCGGCUGGCUCAAGUCAUUCCACACCUUCAGCUUCGCCAAUUACUACGAUCACCACUUCCAGAGCUUCGGCAGCCUAAGAGUCCUGAACGAGGACCGCGUCUCUGCCCGCAAUGGAUUCCCCACACACCCCCACCGCGAUGCGGAGAUCUUCAGCUAUAUCCUCAACGGCGAGCUCACACAUCGUGACAGUAUGCUCAAGAAGGGCGCUGAGGGUGACCAAGGAAAGCAAUUCUUCCGCAUGAAGCGCGGAGAUGUCCAGUUCACCACUGGUGGAACAGGUAUCGCCCACUCCGAAUUUAACGAGUCCAACAAGCAGGUGCACUUCUUACAAAUUUGGGCCCUACCCUGGAAGCACGGCCUGAAGCCCAACUAUCACACUCAGACCUUCUCCGAGGCAGAUAAGCGCAAGGCGUUUGUUCCCAUCUUGUCGCCUCUCGCUGCUGGCCCCGAGGCUACCAUUGCACAGGAAGAGGCCGCUGUUCCCAAGAUCCCGGGCACUAUUCCCAUCCAUGCGGACUUUGUCAUGGGUGCUGGUAUCAUUGAGCCCAAAUCUUCUUUCAAGUGGAAUGUUGGCGCGGGCGAGAUUGUUGAGUCGAAGAGAAAGCGCAACGUCUACAUUCAUGUCCCCAUGACCAAGCAGGGAAUGUCUAAGAUCAUGCUCGAUGGCCGUGAAGAUGCCGUGCUCGAAGAGGGUGAUGGUGCCUUUAUCACAUUGGUCAAUGCUGGAGAUUCGCUUCGGGUCGAGAGCAUCGGAGAAGUCGAAGCGGAAGUUAUCGUUUUGGACAGCAACUAA